AUGGUUUUCUUCCAGUGGUUUAUCGCCCAGAUACCAAAUGUAUAUAGUGUUGUAGAUAUAGAAGGCAGAGUUGUGGCCAGUUUUGGCUACCAAGAAUGGAUUUAUUUAUCUUUAUCGUUAUUAUUAUCUGUAAUCUACUUUUGUUUUCUAGGAAUUACAUCACCGUCAAAAAAUUACGGAACAGUUUGGCGGUAUGACGAUCAGCACAACUGGCCGGGAGACCGCUGUCGAGAAGGCGGUAAAAGACAAUCACCUAUUGACAUCAAAACAACGGACGUCAUCAAGGAUUUCAACAGCCUCUUCAUCAAAUACGGAAACCUCAAGUUUGUUGGCUACAAAAAAGUAUUGCUGUCGGCGAUUAACAACGGGCUUACUAUACAGUUCACCACUGAUGGAGACGAAACGAUCCACCCUACGAUCACUGGAGGCCCCCUCAAACACAACUACAGACUUGAACAGAUGCAUUUCCACUGGAUUUCCGAACACUCUUUAAACGGAAUUAAGUUCCCAAUGGAAAUACAUUUCGUUCAUGUUCAAUCGGACCUCUCUGUCGACGAGGCUCUAAUGAAGAGAGACGGCUUAGCUAUCAUAGCUGUGUUUUGUGAAGUACAAGCAGAUUUAGACGACUACGAAAACACUCCUGUCGAUGAAAUAAUUGAGCACCUUCCGAACCUGACGAGUACCGGAGACAGAAUGAGUGGCAUACUACUGGAUAUAAGUAAACUCCUAAGUCCUAAAAACAACAAUUAUUUCACGUACGCUGGAUCUUUAACUUCGCCGGAGUGCAAUGAGGUUGUUAUUUGGAUCAUCUAUCAAUAUCCUAUACGCAUAUCGGAUACGCAGUACCGACAGUUCAGCAAGAUAAGCGCUGGACGUCACAAUUUCCGGAGCCAGCAGCGUUUAUCUCAGCACGUGGUGUUCACUCCGCCAUCAAACCACGUCAACAAACCACACUUAGUGAUGUUUUUCGAAAACGUCGUCAAUUUGGUUGCGGAUUUCUUUAGAAAUGUUACCACCUACAUGAAAAAAGAAUUGAGGUCGCGAUAAGAAAAGAAUUUGAAAAAUGAAUUACAGCGGAUAUGUGCAAGCGGUGCAAGAUUGCACCAGUUUUGUGUUACGAUGUUUUUGAAUUGGUAUUUAGAACAAAAAUAACACUUAACUUGAAAAGUUUUUAAUGUUCAUGUUUUACGAUUUAAGUUAAUAAACACAUCGAUGUUGCGGCGACGUCGAACUUCUUUGAGGAUCUUGUCAAUUUCGAUGUACACUCUUCAACCAACACCUACCCUACAUCAAUUAUUCCCACGUUGACGCCUUCAGCUCUAACACUAAGAGCAGGCUUAGGGACCCCGGUAACCGUACUCGUCGAACUCGUGAAUCUUCUCAGCGGGACGCAAUUCCAAUCCGGUAGUAAAUUCAUUCGCGAAGCAAUUGCUCUCGAGUUGUUAGGUCUCCUCCGGAGACGCUCGGACAGCUACUAGCAAAUCCCAUCCCUCCUGGCUGAGCCUUUGCUCACCCAUUUGUCAAUUUGCCAAUAAUAUUUAAUAUUUAAAAUAAAUAAAAAAAUCUAAUAUUUCAAAAAAAAAAAAAAGACAUGCCCGCUGAGUUUCUUGCCAAUUCUUCUCAGGACGGAGGCUAAUUCUUGUGAAUUGGCGGUAGUUCUUUUGACGUUCAACAAGUAUGUACUUUCAUUUAUGUUGAAUAAAACUUUUUUGAUUUGA